AUGGUGUUAAAUAUUAAAAAGUGCUUGGAAAGUAAUUUAUUGGCAUGUAUGGAACAAUCAAUCUUAGUGCUUCCUCAUGAAUUAAUUGCUAGGAUUUUGAGUAUGAACUACUCCAUGUAUGGCCUGCUAAAACACAUUUACCAUUUUGUUGUCACUUGCAAAGAGAUGUACUAUAGACAUGUUUUUUUAUUGUAUACACUUGAACCCGUUAUGGUUAGUCUAUGCAAAUGCAAUAAAGCAAUCAGCCUUGUGGCAAUGGGACUUCUUAAACAAAGCAAACUUUGUUACAGUAUUAGAUGCCUUGAUUGGUUCCUAACUCCAAAAUUUACGACAGCUAAACAUUACCAAAAAGCCAUUCUUGACUCUAUUAAUCAAUUUUCAAACCUAUAUAAAGUGUGUUUAACAGCUAACUCUUUGGAUAUGUUAAUGCAAGUGAAUAGGUUACCAAAAUGUGUUUCUGUUUUAAAAAUAAACUUGAUUACUCAUGUCAACCCUACACGUCAUACAAUGCGUUUAGAUAAAGUACCGUUAUUCAGAUUGAAAGUUUUAAUCUUUGAAACACUGGCUCCAUUGAGUUUGACUGAGUAUUAUUAUCCCUUUUUCAGAAGUAUUUUGAUAUCCAAAUCUCCAUUGUAUUCCUGGAUGGCCAUAGAUGAGAAUGUUCCUGAAGCCCAUGUGAAAUCUCCAAUAAACCAAGUUUGCAAUAUAUUAGCCACUUUGAUCUACCAUAGCAGAUCUACCCUUGAGUAUCUUAACAUUCACAAAUUACACCCGGUGUUUGUCUUCAGAGCCAUGGAUGUAGUGUUUCACCAUGGUGGGAUAAAUUUAUCGUUAUUUGGUUCUUCAGAGAUCGAUAUCCAAAAUUUGAGUGAGUUUCCUAGUUUGAAAUAUCUAAAAAUUGAUAAUUCAUAUCUGUUGACAGACAACUUGAUACAAAAGUUGAUGGGGAGGAACAAACAAAGCCUUAUUGUUCUUGAUUACAUGUAUUUACAAGAAAUAAUGCAUGCCACACUUUUCGAAGGAAACCAUGUACAUAAAGAAUUUUACGAUAGAAACACUGGUUUUGCUACAAAAGUGUUAACUGAAUUGAAUACGUUGAUCCAGUGA